CUCCGCAGACCCGCUGGGACCUGCCGGGCUUCCGUGAAAGCGGAGGUCCGGCCUCUCUCUCUCUGUGUUUUCAUAACUUUCUCUCAUCCUUUAUUUCACUUUCAUGUCCAGACACAAAGUAUGGUCGCAGGUGGUGCUUCAGUGAACAGGAAAGGUUCGUUUUUCAGGGUAAACAAAGCUGCUAAGAUCCUUUUUUAUUACCCUGCAGCAGCAUGUGGUGCGUCUGUUCCAUCAGCAGCAGCUUCCCUGUACUGGCAGUUAGGCAGACUCGAUUGGAGCUGGACAAAUACUUCCCCCAGCUUAAUGUUCCUCUCCUGACCAUCCCAACCGACAUCACAGACAAGAAAUACAGAAGAGAUAGUGCCUCAGUGGUGGACGAGUACUUCUCAGAGGACAAACCUAACGUGCCUUACAGCCUCAACAUCAACGUCAUCCUCCCCAGCACCACCCACCUCCGCACAGGCCUCUACCGGCCAAACACCAAGACCCUGACGCCGCAUCAGAUCAAGACAGAGCCUGGGCUGGAGGUGCCCUGUUCCAUCACCACCUCCAACACUCAGGCCCUUCCAGACUUCACAUCUGUGUUCAGUGUCCCACCUGUCGUCAACAACGUCUUCAUCAAACCUGAAGUGGGCGCUGGAGGUGUGGUGAGUGUGGGUGCAAGCGCCCAGCAGCAGCAGUCAAACUUGGACACAGAGCUUCACAUUGGACCGCAGCCCCCCCAGCCGCAGGUCUACCACAUGCCCAUCACCAGCUGUGGUGACCUCACCAUGACUCUGUCCCACAACAGCCCACAGGUCUCCACCAGCGGCAGGACCAUCAUGAACCUGGGUUGCGGCGGCGUUGCAUUGCCGACAUCCAACGGCAACUACCUGAUGGCGGAGCAUCAACUACAGCAGCACCAUGGUUACUACCAGGUCUCUCCGAGCAACUCAACCCAGCACACAGCCCCCCACAGCCUGCCCCCCUCACCCCCAAACUCUCAGCCAGGGAGCCCAGACGGACAGGCAGAGCUGCUAACCUUAGCCCCACAUGCUCCGCCUCCAUACCUGCAGCGCGGCCUUAAGGUGACAGGGUUGUCCCAUCAUGCCAUGCUGAUGACUCAUGGCCAGGGUGUCCUAACAGGUCCCAAGUACAACAGACGGAACAACCCAGAGCUGGAGAAGAGGAGGAUCCACUUCUGUGACUACCAAGGCUGCACCAAAGUUUACACAAAGAGCUCUCAUCUGAAGGCGCACCAAAGGACGCACACAGGUGAGAAGCCGUACCGCUGUACAUGGGAGAGCUGCGACUGGCGCUUCGCCCGAUCUGACGAGCUCACCCGACACUACAGGAAACACACCGGAGCCAAACCCUUCAAGUGCAUCGCCUGCAGCCGCUGCUUCUCCCGCUCCGAUCACCUGGCCCUGCACAUGAAGCGCCACCAGAACUAACCCACACUCACACACACACACCUGUACAUACAAACACACACAACCACACACAAAACGGUACCUAUGCAUGACGAACACCUGCGCUUCAUUCAGGGAGAGAUACAGAACCAAAAUCAUCCCAAAUCCAGCGUCUGACAAGGCGGAUUGCCAAUCUUAGUUUGGGAUUCUGGGGUGGCCAAUCAGAUUGCAAGCAGGCCCACGCCGCCCCUCUGGACACGCCCCUGACAUUAAGGCGACAUAAUCCCCUGCACAGUAGAAGUUGCACCACAUUGACAGAUCCCUCAUCUCCCUCUCUGGCGAGGGUUUUUAGAAAUCAGGUGAAGAAGUUACAACAAGAACCGGCAUAGCAAGCUCGAACAUGUUCUUCUUCUUCCUCAGUUAAAACUGUGCGUCUGCUAUCUCUCAGCGCUGUGUUUGCAGAAAACUUAGCACCAGAGCUAAUGAUCUACCUUGAACUCAGAUGAUUUGGGUGUCUGCUAUCAUCCCUGAACAGAUGUUGAUUUAUAGCGUGCACUGAUCCGACUCACACAACACACACACACACAGACUCACAAACACACACACACGUCCUGCAUAGAACUGUGGUGUCAGGCUCCUACCAAGCAUUCAGGACUUCUUUUGAUACAUCCUGGACUCACUCUCACCAACAUGAACUAUUUGUUCAUCUACAAAUCUGCUGCCAACUUCCUCCUCCCCUUCUUCCUCCUCCUCCUCCUCAUCAUCACUGUCGUCUCUUUUAUUUUUGAGGUAUGAACUCUAAGGAGGCGAGUUCUCUUUCCUCCGCCCUGCCUUUGUAAAUAUUUGUUUAUAAUGUGUGUGAUCGUGUGUCUGAGAAUACAACGAAUGUAUUGAGAUUUAUACUUGACAUUUUUUUUAUUAUUAACCCAUCAAAUGUUAAUAUGUUGAGCAAUGUCAAACGUCCUUGCGAUAUAAUCUCCCUUUAAGAGCCUUGAGGAGAAAAAAAGUAGAGGAAUAAUCACCCGACACAAUCUGAAAACCCUCCGUGGAAAAGUUAAUAAUCACCUGGUUCUGCUUGUUUCAGCACAGGUACUACCUGUCGAGCUCACAGCCAUUUGCCAAUGUUUGUAUUCAUGACAUUACCUGUUUCCACAGCGACCAAGCUCUGACGACAGUUUGUGGUUUGCUUGUAGUUUCAAUACAGCGCCAUUUUUCUCUCCUGUAUUUGUUCUACACUCCGACUUCAGAGAGACAGGCGAGGGUGGAUAGAUGUGUUGCGUAAUCACUCAUGAUUGUUUUGAUGCUCUGGGUGCAGGCAGGUAAACGCCAACUUAAUUGCGUGACCUGAGAUGUCAGCUGUUUGUUCUAUGAGCUCUGAAGGCGUAUGCUUUUCAGCAGCAGCAGGGAUGACAAGAGAAGAAAAACUCUGCACCCUACAAAUGUUGAGUUGAAUUCUAUGAGCUGAAAUCAUUCAGAAACUUUAAGGAAAGGAUUUAGAAAUUGAAGAAAAUAUUUAUAAAUAUUUGACUGACUGAAUGAUAUUAAUUUUCAGAGAUUUGUCCCCCUCCUUGGCCGACUUUUUUUAACGGUAAACUUUAGAUAAACUUAAAACUAACGUUGGGAAAGUUUGAGGACAGGGUGGUAAACACAAACGUUAGUUUAGGUGAUUAACUAGAAGUUAAAUGUCUUCCAUCAGAGCUAGUACUGAUCAAUCUCACAUUUACCUCAGAGCUAGAGAAAACCAGAAAACUGGUUUGGCCAUUUUACAACAACUAAACUCCUCAAACACAAGAGCAAAAAAAUAUGGUUUUAUCUUUAACGUGAGAAAGAAACUCGUGAAACUGGUCUGCGACUUGUUCUCCAAAGGGGGAGCUGUUUGGUCGUUGUUGGACGGACUCUACAAUCUGCCAUCUUAUGUAAAGACAUGUAACAGCAGCAGAACUUUAAACCUGUAGAUGAGAUGUUAACAUCGCCCCCUACAGGUACGAAGAGAUGUCUCUGCAACUACAUUAAUGCCACCUGCAGGACAGUCAUGGUACGGUUCAAUAUUCAUUAGCAGGGGAUUUCCAUACACUUAGCAAUGAAUUCACUUCUAGAACUUGGAGGUGUGUACUCUCUAUUUUAAUGUGAAUACAGUAAGUUCAGCUUGUGGCUCUGCAACAUCAAAUUUCCACCAAAUAAUUCAAAUGAAAUUUUGAAACAAGCAAACUGCAUCUCCACGAACUAAAACUACAAAACAAGUUAGAAUAAAAUAUUUUAACACCGCUCAUUUCCUCCAGGUGGCACUCCAGAGUGUUUAGAUUGAUGCACAGACUAUGAUCACUUGUAGAUGGCACUGUUGAGCACUUCCUCAUGUUCUCCAGCUGUUACUGUUUUCACCUGAAGGUGGCAUGUCAGACAGUAAUCGUAGAUCUUAAAUUUCUGGAUGAUCCCAGCUGUUCUUUCUUCACUGCUUUUCUAAUUUCUUUUAAAUCAACAAACUGAACAAGCAGAUAUUGAGGCUUUACAUUUCUUCCACUGUCACAUGUUUGAGAUGUCAGAACAUAUAUCUUUAUUUAGGUUGAAAUGACGAUCACUGAUCGACCUACGUGUGUCCAACAUUUGUCCAUGUAGAGGAAACACAUCUUUAUUUCAAACCUUUUUUCUCCUUUAAAAACGUUUCCCUAAAGAGACGAGUUCUGUCUCCUGAGGAGGGAGCGCUGAGCUCCCACCGUGUACAUACGUGUAGUUUAACAGAAGACUUUGUAAAUAUUUGUUUGUUUUAUUUCCUAUUAUAAUAUUAAUAUUUUUUUCUUUUUUUAACUGAUGGGAUUUUAGAUCGGUUGCAUAUGAAUGCGUGUUAAUUUUGUUUUGAUACUUCAUGAGUGUGAGAGAUUUUAUGUGCAAAUUCACAAGAACAACGAUGGUGUAUGUUUUUCUGUUUGUGCAAAAAGCUGCAAUGAAACAAUAAAAGCAUUCAUAAAUAA